AUGCCUUCAUAUACAAUGCUCAAUGUUAAGAUGCAACGAGAUUCAAAUGCUACACCUUGGGGUUUUCGAAUGCAAGGUGGAAAAGAUUUUGGUUGUUCAUUACAAAUUCAAAAAAUAAAUGCGAAUAGUUUAGCUGAACGUUGUGGAAUGGAAGCUAAUGAUUAUAUUGUUAAAAUAGGUCAAACAUCAACAGAACAUCUUAAACAUCCAGAUGCUCAAGAAUUAAUAAAAAAUCAAAAUAAUGUACUUGAAUUAACAUUACAACGAGGUGCACCGCCUGAUACUAAUGAUUAUAAUACGCGUGUUGAUUUCCCACCACAUCAAUUGAUGCAACCUACACAAAACAAUUUUUCAUCUCAACCACGAAUCCAAUCUCCUACACCUCAGGUUGCUAUGCCAAUAUCAAACAAUCGAGCUAUAUUAAGUCAAGCUCAUAAUACACCAAUUGGUCUUUAUUCAGCUGAAAAUGUAACUGAUACAAUCACGCGUACACUUAAAAGUGAUGUCGAAGGUCUUCAACAAAAAUACUUAAGUAUGGAUUUACAAAUAACUAAUAAGAGUGAUUCACGACAAGGACCUGCUUUUCGAGCACUUGUUCGAGGUCUUGAUGAAACAGGUGAUCCAAUUGAUCAAUCAUCUUCAAGAUCAAAUUUAAAUCAACCACCACCACCACAACAACAACAACAACAACAGAUUGAUACAACAACAAUUAAAGGUUUUCGAUAUACAUCUAAUCAUAUGAAUGUGUCACCUGAAUAUAAAAUUGAAGAACCAAAAAAUUAUAAUGAAUUUCAAGCAACAGCGACUCGAUCUAUGCCAAAACCAGCACCUGCAUCAGCACCUUAUGAUUACGGACAACAACAACCACGACCAGCUCCAUAUACAACACCUCUACCAACACCACAACCUCCACCUAUAAAACCAAAACCAAAUGGAGCUAAUGUUAAACCUUCAUUCAAUGUUAAUGUACAAGGAACACCACGUUCAGGAAAUCGUGUCUUUAUAAGAGGUAAUAAAGGUACAGCUGCUUUGAAUCAAAAUACAAAUGCUACUGCAACAGCUACAUGUCAUACAUGUGGUAUAAAUAUAAGAGGUCCAUAUAUUUCGGCUAUUGGUCAUUGUUAUUGUGUGAAUCAUUUUACAUGUUCAAAUUGUUCAGCUAAUUUAAUUGAAUGUGGUUUUGUUGAAGAGAAUGGAAAAUUAUAUUGUGAACAGGAUUUUGAACAAUUUCUUGCACCACAUUGUGCAAAAUGUUCACAAGCAAUCUUAAAGGAAUGUGUUCAUGCCCUUGAGAAAACUUGGCAUCCAGAAUGUUUUACAUGUACAGCAUGUAAAAAAUCGAUUGGUACUGGAUCAUUUCAUGUUGAAGAAGGUGAACCAUAUUGUAUUGAAGAUUAUCGUCGAAUGUUUCAAGCAAAAUGUACGAGUUGCGAUUUUCCUAUUGAACCUGGUGAUAAAUAUCUUGAAGCUAUGGGUGGCACAUAUCAUGUUGAAUGUUUCAAUUGUUCCAUGUGUCAAGUGAAUUUGAAUGGUCAACCAUUUGUUGUCAAAAACGAUCGACCCUAUUGUCGUUUACAUGGUCGUUAA